GUCCUCUCGGAUUGCCAGAGUCCGGCGGCAGGAGAAGGCGGCGAGUGGCAGUGUUUUGCAGCGGUGUAACAGCCGGAGGGAAUCUGGAAAGGGGCCGCCACUCCUAGCCCUCUUUCCUCCGAGUUUGCGACUCCCCGGUCCGAGAUGGACAAAGUGUGUGCUGUCUUUGGAGGCUCCCGGGGCAUUGGCAGGGCAGUAGCCCAGUUAAUGGCCCAGAAAGGCUACCGACUGGCCAUCGUCGCCAGAAAUCUAGACGUGGCCAGAGCCGCCGCCGGUGAACUCGGCGGAGAUCAUUUGGCAUUUAGUUGUGAUGUUGCCAAAGAACAUGAAGUUCAAAAUACAUUCGAAGAGAUGGAGAAAAAUUUAGGUCGAGUUAAUUUCUUGGUAAAUGCAGCAGGAAUUAACAGGGAUAGCCUUUUAGUAAGAACAAAAACUGAUGAUAUGAUAUCUCAGCUUCAUACUAACCUCUUGGGUUCCAUGCUGACCUGUAAAGCUGCCAUGAAAACUAUGAUUCAACAACAGAGGGGGUCUAUUGUUAAUGUAGGAAGCAUUACUGGUUUAAAAGGCAAUACUGGCCAGUCUGUGUACAGUGCCAGUAAAGGAGGAUUAGUUGGAUUUUCACGUGCUCUUGCUAAAGAAGUAGCAAGAAAGAAAAUUAGAGUGAAUGUAGUUGCACCAGGAUUUAUUCACACAGAUAUGACAAAAGACCUGAAAGAAGAACACAUAAAGAAAAGCAUCCCUCUUGGGAGAUUUGGAGAACCUGUUGAUGUGGCACAUGCGGUUGUGUUUCUCUUAGAAUCACCGUAUAUUACGGGGCAUGUUCUAGUAGUGGAUGGAGGAUUACAACUCACGAUGUAAUUGACAGAUUAUUCAGUUAUAGUGGUAAUUAGAAUCAAGGGCACACUUUGGCUAUUGAUUAGACAGUCAUACCUACAUGGGUGACAUUUGCUAAUCAAACCUAUUGAUACCACGAGUGUUGAUUUCCAUCUUUCUAUGAAUAUGUCUAAAAAGAAUGAUAUGUGAUCAAUUGUAUUUUCUAAGUGGUGUGUACCUUACAGGCUGUAGCAAUUUUAGUAUACAGACAUUUUGCAAGUAAUAUAAACAGGUAUUAUCUUUUUUUUUUUUUUUUUUGUGAGGAAGAUCAGCCCUGAGCUAACAGCCAUGCCAAUCCUCCUCUCUUUGCUGAGGAAGACUGGUCCUGGGCUAACAUCUGUGUCCAUCUUCCUCCACUUUACGUGGGAUGCCGCCGCAGCAUGGCCUGACAAAUGGUGCACCAGUGCACACCCGGGAUCCAAACCUGGGCCACCAGCGGCGGAGCGCGCACACUUAACCUCUAUGCCACGGCGCCGGCCCCAGGUAUUAUCUUAAUUUAUAUAUUUUUUGUCUCAAAAGUGGAAAAACUUAUUUAGUCUAAUUGUCAUGAGUUAUUUCGUUGUAUCAGGCUGAAUUCUGUAGUAGUUAACCUUGUGGGCCAUUGCCAAAAUAAGAGUAUUUAUAGGACAUUGGUUAGUUGUCAAUACUUUAGCAAGUCUGCUCAGGUUAAACAUUGUAUUCUUUUUAGUUCCAGUUAGAUACAGGCAUGAAUUUAGAGUCUGGUUUCUUGGAGUGGCAUUACUCCUGAUUGAGCAGCUGGGGAAAAUAAUCUACAAAUAUAAAUUGGUAUAGUUCACUUAUUCUAUAGAAAUUCUCAAAGAUGAUGAGGAUUAACCCUUAAGGUUUUAAUAUUAAUAUCUGGUACAGUAAUGAGCUGCAUAGAUCUUAUCAAUUUAGGAAGUGGAAGUGUUUUUUAAAUUAAUCCACAAAACAGUGUAGCAAGCUACUUAAAAAUUAGUAUAAGAAAUAAUGAUAUUUUAAAAAUCAAGAGUAUUUUGCAUUAAUGAAUAUAAUAAUGAUUCUUACCCUAAGAUUUUAGAAAGGUAAAUACUUAAUUACUUAUGAACAGUCAUAAAUGAUAACUUAAAUAAUGCAAUAACAAUGAAUUAAAUGUCUUCACAAGGAACCGUUAAAGCAUUAGUCUUAAAAGAAAAUAUUUGCCUAAUAGAGAUAAAAACACAAAUUGAAUGCAGAAUAUCAGGCCACAUCUGUUUUGCAUUGGACUCUUUUGUGGGGAAUAGUGUGAUAUUUUAUAUGUCACUGGAUUCAUGUUGAUUUUUAUUAUUUAAAAAAUGUUUUAACUGUUUAAUGCAUUUAAAAAAGUAAUCUUUUUAUGGUUUUAUUGGAGCUGAACAUUAUUUUAUGUAAACAGAUUUAAUUUUGUAUUGAUAGUGCAAAAGUAUGAAUAGGAUAUACUAAAUAAAUGCAAAGUAAUAAAAGAAAUAGAAAUAAAAAAUAAAAUAAUAAUAAAAAGUAAUAAACUCAAA